CAACGCAGGAGAAGCAGAGCGGAGAGAGACGGAGCAAUACCGGGGAGAGACUGAGAGUAAUACCGGAGAGAGACGAAGAGCAAUACCGGGGAGAGACUGAGAGCAAUACCGGAGAGAGACGAAGAGCAGGCAAUCACUGGCGUUGCAAUGAGUAGUAGUUCUACCUUCUCCUUGGGAGUGUUCGCGCUGUUGCUGCUGUUCCAGGUCUGGGGCGGCGAGGGUUCACCGCGAUGCCCAGGGUUCGCUCAGGACACGUACCUUUUCCACGUGGAGUCUCUGGCGCCAGGUCAAGUCGUCGGCAGAGUUCACUUCAACUGCAGUGAUCAAAAGGGUCUGGAAUUCCACACGAAUGAUCCGCAUUUCCAUGUUCAAUCUGAUGGAAAGGUGCUUGUCGGAAGAUAUGUAUCGUCAACAAACCAAAUAAGUUUUAUGAUCACUGCACUCAGUGAGACUAAAGAGACAUGGAAGACUGCCGUCAGCAUCCUAAUAAAUGGCGAAAAGGUGAAAGAUUCUACGGGGAGCACACCUGACGUGCCAGUGAUUAUGUGGCCUUCACGGUUUUAUCGCUCCGGAUUGAGACGGUGGAAGCGAGAGUGGGUGAUUCCUGUCACCAAACAUCCAGAAAACGAUAUAGGGACUUUCCCUAAGCAAGUUGUACAGAUCAAGUCUAACCAGGCAAAUAUAUAUUACGUUAUAACAGGCCCAGGAGCAAAUGAGCCACCUAUUGGGAUUUUUACUAUAGAUAAAAAGAAUGGUUAUAUUUAUCUGCAUAAACCUUUAGACAGAGAAAAACAAGACAAAUACAGACUGUUGGCUCAUGCCUACGAUGAAAAUAAUAAGCCAGUUGAAGAGGCAGUGGAUGUUCUCAUCGAGGUUAUUGAUAUGAAUGAUAAUAGACCACAGUUUAUUGAACCAACUUUCUAUGGUACGGUAAAAGAAGGAGCUACGACAGGUACUGCAAUCAUGAACUUGACAGCCACGGACGCAGAUGAGAAAGAUAAUUUGAAUUCUAUGAUCAAAUAUUCCAUUCAGGAUCAAGAUCCAAAAUUUCCUGAGGCAUCUAUGUUUACAAUUAGUGAUAAAACUGGACUGAUCAGUGUGCUGACAGAAGGUCUGGAUCGGGAGAAAUACGAUAAAUACACACUUGUAGUUCAAGCAGCAGAUAGUGACGGUGAAGGGCUGGAUACCAAAGCCACAGCAAUAAUUACUGUUCUGGACAGAAAUGAUAAUGCCCCACAAUUUGUGACCACUUCGGUUACUGUUAGUGCUCCAGAAAAUGAAGUGGAUUAUGAUGUAUCAAGGCACCCUGUAACUGAUGCCGAUAAGGCAUAUACACCAGCCUGGAAAGCAAACUUCAGUAUAAUCUUUGGGAAUGAGAGACAGCAAUUCACUGUGGGGACCGACUUGGAUAAUAAUGGAAUCCUUAAAUUGAUAAAGCCCCUGGAUUUUGAGAAGAGCCAUAAGCAUAUCGUGACAAUUGAAGUAAGGAAUCAGAUGCCUUUCCCUGAUACCCUAUCACUCUCCUCAGCUACAGUAACCAUCAACGUGAUUGAUGUCAAUGAAGCGCCAAUAUUUACUCCAGAAACAAAGACUAGCACGCAUCCUGAGAAUCUACCGGUUGGCAGUACUGUCACUACAAGCAAGGCAAAGGACCCAGACAGUGCACAGCACCAAAAUGUUAGGUACCGGAUGGGAAGUGACCCAGCACAAUGGUUUGAAAUCGAGAUGGAGACUGGCAUCGUAAAACUAAUCAGCGAUAUGGAUAGGGAGUCAGAAUUUGUUAAAGAUAACAUUUACACUGCCACGGUCCUGGCUUAUGAUGAUGGGAGUCCACCUGCCACUGGUACUGGGACUAUCCUUGUGGAUCUUGAAGAUAUCAAUGAUAAUCCACCCAUUGCCAAUUCACUUCUCAACCGGGUGUGCAACAAGAAUGGUCUCCCUGUGAAUGUGACCAUUGUAGACAAAGACAUUCCACCCAACACGUUUCCUUAUGCAAUAGCGCUGGUUCAUGGAGCUGAGAAUAACUGGACUAUUGAAUCAACAGGCAGGGAUGAUGUGAAGCUGUUACGGCUGAAAAGAGAAAUUGAUCCGAACAUCUAUGAAGUUUCCAUGAGAGUAACAGAUGGCGGGACUCCACAGAUGUCUCAGGUCACUGGACUGCGAGUGGAAGUGUGUGACUGUGAAAACGGAGCAUGUAAACAGAGGAUCGCUGCCGCUGCUUUUGGUAUCCCUGGCAUUCUGGCUAUUCUGGGCGCUAUCUUGGCCUUGUUGAUUUUGGGGCUCCUGCUCCUGCUCUUUAUUAAAAGGAGGCGAAGUGUCAAGAAGGAGCCCUUAUUGCCUGAGGAGGACAUUCGGGAUAAUGUUUACCAUUAUGAUGAAGAAGGUGGUGGUGAAGAAGACCAGGAUUAUGAUCUCAGCCAACUGCACCGGGGCCUGGAUGCCAGACCGGAGGUUGUUCGCAAUGAUGUGGCUCCUGUCCUCAUGGCACCACAGUAUCGGCCGCGCCCUGCUAACCCUGAUGAGAUCGGCACCUUUAUUGAUGAGAACCUGAAGACCGCUGACAAUGAUCCAACUGCCCCUCCGUACGACUCGCUCCUGGUGUUUGAUUAUGAAGGCGGUGGUUCGGAGGCGGAAUCUCUAAGUUCGGUGAACUCGUCCAACAACUCUGAUGAGGACCAGGAUUAUGACCACUUGAACAAUUGGGGCCCGCGCUUCCGGAAGCUCGCUGAAAUGUACGGCCACGGGGAGGAAUGAGGAGGUGCAAAUGAGCAAACAUUUUACGGACUUGGGUUUCAACCACUUAAUGAUUGGAAAAUAUUGUGAGCAGAGUGCAUGGCACAAUUUGGUAGCAGGUGGAAUGGAUAACACUUUCCAGUUGGUCCUGCAUUGAAACUUAGCAAAUUGUUAUGAUGAAAACGAGCUUUUCCUGAGCUAAUUGCAAUGAAUUAUUGCUCGGAGCUUUAUUUUCAUUAGUCCAUGACUCUCUCUUUAAUUUUCCCAAAGUAUAAAUGAGCCAAAGUUUAUUCUAUUUUAUAUUACCCUACUCUGCUCUUAUGGCAAUAUUCCACUGCUCAAAUAAUCUCUCUGCAGCUUUUUGAAUGCAAAUGAGAAUGUUAUUGGUUUUAGGUAUGCAAUAAUGUAAUAUAAAGAUAGGAUUGCUUUUGAAUAAUUUACAGAUCCAUAUGCAGAGUUUAAUGUGGUUAAAGGCAUCGUGGAAUCAAAUCUUUGCAGCUACUAGCCAAAAUUUGCUUUGCAUAAACGGCAUAUGCAUUCUCAGGAAAUGCUCAUUUAGGAGCUUUUAAGGAAAGUCCACUUUUUAAACAAAUAUAGGAUUACCUUCCUGUAUGUACUACUGAUUAAUGAGUUGAAAAUAAAUGAUUUUUUUACUAAAUGUGUGAAAGCUGGUUUUAUGAUUGGUAGGUAGACUUUCAAAGCAAGAAUCUACUGUCAGAUCUUUGCAGUGGAUGUGGUUUAUUUGCACCAUGUUUCCAAAUAGUAUUUUUAAAUGAUGUUAUCUAAUAGUCUGACCCAUUCCCCACCAAUCUUUGCCUCUAACAUUAUAUAUGUGGAACAAAGAGGGGACAGAAUUUUGUUAAUCCAAUAUUAGAUUCUCUAACAAAGUCCUCUGCACUGGAGAUUUUGAAUGCCAACAGCCCUGUAAAACUAUAAAUCAAUUAGAGGUGACCUAGAUCAUGUGCAUCAACUUCCACAACCUUUUCCUUGUCCUGUUGUCCCUUCCUAAAAUCCCAUUCAUUUAUACCUGAAACUAAUCAAAAGUCCAGGCACGCAUUGAAAAAAAACAACUUGUCAAUAAGGUGACAUCUAAUUUGCAUCAUAACAGCAGUGCAAAUGUUUUUCCCUUUGACUUGCGUGACUGGACAACUUGGAUAUAAGCUCGCACCUGCACUUGCAGUUAAGCCUUUAGUGGACACUGCAGGCUAUAAGUGCCUUCCUGGAUGAUGGCGUCAUGAAAGUGGUUCAUAUAGCACAGCACUGAUUUAUAGUUUUUCUACUAUAAUAUUUCAUAUUUGCUAACUUAAGUAGAGCAUAAUUUGUGAUAUAAAACUGCAAUGUAGAUGAUGUGACGACUAAUGUUGCACUUCUCUGGUGAAAGGGUUGAGUUUUUCUGUUUUUUCUGUCAUUUUAAAACCAAAGCUAGUGCCUAUUAUUUUGAUGCAAUUAAAAUUGAUGAAAAAUUGGCUCCUUAAAUGAUUUUUAUUUUAUAUUAGUUUCUUAUUUGGCUGUUGCAAUUUUAAUUUUUCUGCUUUUGAUGUUCAAGUGUAUGUAUUUUAAAUAAAUGUUUGUUGCAAAACA